AUGCAGCACAAACGACCGGACUGGAACCUAGGACCAAAGUGCACGCCAGGAACUUACCUGGGAAUGAAAGGUUUUCGUGCCAGAUUUUCCCAUCAACCUGCCAUGAUGUCUCAUAAAAGAGCAGUGGAAUGUGAGCCUCACGAAAAAAUUGAAACACUUCAAGUAAUUGAACCCAGGAGAGGUUUCAAAGGCACUGUUGUCAAGCCUAAGGUGAAGUCUGUCAACGUAGAGGUGGAAUCUUGCCCUUGUAGUUGCAAUAAAUCUGCUCUGCCAACCGCAGAGGAGCUGAGAAAAUUGACAAGAAAACUUCUGAAGGACUUUGGACUUCCAAGACAAAGCAAGAGCAGUCACCAGGCCAGAACAAGCAAACCCAUCACAAGAAAGCCAUGGAACAGCACACACCAGACAAAGGUUAAGGAAUCGUCUGCUGUCACGAUCAAUGGCAGAAUAGAAUUAUACAAUGAACUCUGCAGAGUCGAGUUAGUGAAUCAGGAUGUGACCACUCUGAAACCCCGUCGCCAAGAGUUGAGUGAGGGAAGCCUGUGCAUGUUACAGAGAGUGCUGCCUUUCCGGUGUGACCAAAAUAAUCCUAGCAGAGAGCCAAGAAGCAGCAAGCCCUGGCGUCCCGCAAGGAACAGGGGCCGACAGGAUUCUCAGGCGGUGAAAACGACAGUGGAGGCCAUCAGAGCAGUGAAGCCCUACUUGUGGAGUGUCGCGGAGGGCAGUGUUUUCCUGCCGUCAACGUGUGUCAGUGAGAUUCCGCUUCUGCUUCCUCGGAUCUCUGUACCUAUGGGAAGAGCUGCGCUGGCCGGGAGAUGGGGGAACAUUGAAACUAAUUCACCAGGUUACAAGACGCCCAGGUUCAUCUCAGCUUUGGGAGACAAUCUUAUCUCCAAGUCCGUGCAGCUGAAACACAGGGCGGCUGCCAACGACCACAGGAAGCAGGUGUCUAUAGCGACUCCAUGGAAUGACACUGGAUCAGGAAGAACGGCCAAAUCCAGAAGCAAAGCUUCAACAUCAACUAAAGCUCUUGGCUGCUCCACCUCGGAUGCAGACAGUUCACUCCCUAGUGAAGGAGCUGAUAGCCAGAGAGGCAGACAGACCGCUCCGUCUGAACAGAAUGCUCCAGGAGAAUGUUUUGCUGACGUGCCUGUGGCAGUAAGUGAAGAUAUCAAAGGUUCCUUGAUGCCUGAUUUCAACAGUAAAGGAGAGACUGAAGGAGGAAAUGAAGAGGAGGAUGGGAAAACGCAGGUGACGGACAGCACUGUGAGACUCGCCAAACAGAUUGAGGUUAUUAUUAACCUGAAGGACACGAGCGAGAGCGCUGACUGCAUUGAUGGGUCAGAUCGUCAGCAGAUAAACUCAGACUGAGCUGCAGUGAACAGCGGAAAUUGAAUUCCACAAUAAUAAUAAUAAUCUUUGCAUUUGACAUAACGCCCUUUCGCACUGUCAAGACAUCUCAAAGUGAUUCACAAGGUAUACUGUGAAGGGUUGUAACUGGCUGUUUUGUAGGUGAACUAUACCCACCCAGAGAAAACUAUCUUACUGUCCUCCCAAAAUUGUGUCCUAAAUGAGUCCAGUAUCAUGUCCUCAACCCAGUGGUAGAGCCAGGUUUUUGCAACAGGUGGGGGAGUGGGGAGGUGAUGGGUUAUUAGUGGCUCCACAGUGCAGGCUGGCUUCUCUGCGUCAGCUGCUGGCUCCUCAUAGCACCCACCCCACGCCCCCACGGCGAACCAUGUACAUUCCCCUCCCACCCCCAAACCCCCCUGUGGCUAGCUGCUUCUCUCACAAGCUCACAAUUGCAGCUGGAAAUAAUCCAGCUAUUUUUUAAACCUUUUAAUCCAAGCAAUCAUGAGCGCACAUGCAAUUGACAAUUACAUACUUGAAAAGGUGCCACCAAGAGAGGGUGGAUGGGUGGGGGUGCAAUCACCUCCCUAUUAUCUCCGCCUCAGCCACCUUUCCUGCCAAACGAGUCCAGUCCAGGAAAAUAGACAUUUCCUGGUGUCUGAGAUCCAAGGAACAGAGGAUAUUUCAGGAUCACGUGUUCUUUAGGUAUCAGCCUGGCUCAGUGAGUGUCAGCCUGGCUCAGUGAGUAGCACUCUUGGUUUUGGCUCAGAGGUUGGGUGUCCAAGCCCCACAUCGGAACUUUGAACUCAUACAGUUCAGGCUGACGCUCCAAGGCAGUGUUGAGGGGAUUGAGACGUCAAAAUCAAAGUCCGUUUGCCUGUUCUGGUGGAAGUCAAAAAUCUUUUAGCGCUAUUCAAAAAUAAAUAAAUUUCUUCCAGUGUUCUUGCCAAUAAGCUCCCCGGGCAAAUUUGGUCAUUCAUUUAAUGGGUGUUUGCGGGACAUUAAUGUGUGCAAACGGGCUGAACAAAUACACAACCAUGACACGUCACAGAAAAUCCUGUAAAGCGUCUUGAGCCGUCUUCCCAAAUUUGGGAAGUAGGAUGUAUCCCUCCAGAGCGAGACUACACAUUCCACCCCAGACAUAUGAAAAUGUCCAUGUGUAGGUGGCAUAUACAUGUGGCAUAUACAUAUUCAUGAUAGGAUACAUGUGGAGCUCAAUGUAUGGCUCAGAGACUCUUCAGCUUGGUGAUGGGUUUCUGUGUGUGCCAAACACCCAACUGACCAAAAAAAAAGACUAAUUCCAAGCACAUAUUUGCUAUUCUUUUCACAACGGAUUUGUUUUCUGGAGGCAGUUUCAACUUUCUACUCACAGUAAAAUAACACUCAGUAGGUCACAGUAAUUCUUGGACUAUAAUGUAAUUUAAUGUCAUUUGCUCUGCUCCAAAUUAACCGUUCGGGCUUCCGUUAGCAUUUGCGACACAGGCUUGCUCCGAUGUUACACUUUGUACCUUGAUUUUGCAUGCUCCCAUGUCUUAUCCAGUUUAUUAAAAGAAUGACUCAUUGC